AUGAAACUGAAGAUCGCGACUUGCCUUGCCGCAGACGAAAUCCUUCUCGUGCAUGCACCUGCAGAUGAAGAGGGGCAAGCCCAUUGCCGUGCGUCCUCCCAGAAGGGCCCCAUCUGGGACCGACCCCCCGGAUGCUGCCACCCAGUCCAGCUGUUUGCAAUCAUCGUCUUUGGAUGUGUGUCAUCUGGAGGCCAAGAUGGGGAUGAAUGUGCUUACAAUAAGGAUACCAAUGCCUGCAACUAUGGCAUCGGAAUUGGUGUGAUUGCAUUCCUGGCUGCAUCUUUAUUUCUUGCUGGUGAUGCCAUGUUUGAGCAGUUUUCCAGCAUCAAGACUAGGAGGCACUUUGUCAUCAUUGACCUCGGUUUCUCUGCUCUCUGGUCUUUUUUGUACUUUGUGGGAUUUUGCUACCUGGCCAAUGCAUGGUCAAAGUCUACUCCAACUCCUGACUUUCCUGGAACUAACAAUGUUCAGGCUGCCAUUGCAUUCUCAUUCUUCUCCAUUUUCACUUGGGGUGGAAGUACCUUCUUUGCAUUCCAGCGAUACAAGCAGGGAGCUGACAGCGCAUUUGGCACAAACUAUGAUGGAGAACCGGGGAUGAUGCCUCCUACCGCUCCCUAUGCGUAUCCUGGGGCACCUGAUCCUGCUGGAGGAUACCAAGAUCCCCCUUUCUCUGAUCAGAAUAAAGGUUCAUCAGGCCUUGGUGGGAUGCCAGCAUUCCAGCCUCCCAAUUACUGAUGGAAUCAUGUCAGUUCUCACCUGGAAAAAUGUAGCCUAGAUGUACUCCUGGCUUCUACGUCACUAUUGAAGAACUUUGUCAGUAUUCUAGUUUGUUUCCUCAGCCAAUGGUGUCACAGCAAGGGAUAAUGCUGGUUUUUUAAAUUUAAAUUCAUGAGCUUGUGAUUUGCUGUUUUCUUCAAUUAUAUAUUCUUAAGCCUGUUCAGGGAAAUAUGUCAUGCAUCAUGGUAAUCACCCAUUUUUUGUUUGCAGUUGUGGUUAGGGCAGCAUCUGAUGAAACACAGAGUGCCACGCAAUAAUUGUGGUUCUCAUUCAUAUCGCACUGUUUGUUGUUGGAGUGUCUGUUAUUUCUUUGUUACCAAAUUUUUAAUGGAGCUGUUAGCUGUAGGGCAGAUUAGGUCUGCCAUGUGCCAAUUUGUCACCUUGGUCUUAAUGACACUGAUGAAGGUUGAAAAUUGCCUGGUGUGCUCAUGUUGCCACCCCCUUGGUUUGUGUGCUGAUGAGUGUAUGCUUGUAUGUUACUCCUGUGUGUAUGUUCGUGAGUAGUGUGCAUUGGGAUCCUCUUCCAAAUCCCGUAGCACCAUGGAGGGAGCAUCAUUUCCCUGUAGUCUAAUUAUUCUAGUUUCAGUGGGCCUGUGGGCAUUUAUAUACCAUGUUGAUUCCUUCAAGAUUCAGUUUCUUUGGAAAUGCCCAAAAGUGCUCUGUAACACUCAGUGAGGAUGGCAGAAAAAGUAGGAAAGAGAUUUUGCAGCAUUUGCUAUCAUUUUCUCUGACUCUGAACUCCUCUCAAAGGUGUUGAAUUAUUUGGGCCUGACAUCAUGAGUAGAAUCAGCUGUUCCAAAUCACCUGUCUUUGGAACAGAAGGCAAUGAACAAAAUUUGGUUUCUAGAACGGUUACAAGUUCAACUCAAUGUCUGGACAGAAUGAAACUUUUGUUGCAAUCAUUCCAAAGGCUUGGUAUUUGCCACAUUUGGCAUAUUACAGUAUAUAUCAAAUAACAUACUUCAUAGCUCAAUUAUGGUAAUAGCUCUGCUUAGGUACUCCUCAGAGUAGAGACAUGAUGGUGCAUUGUAGAUGCAAUAACCUUCCUCCGUGUUGUAUCAUAGCAUAUUCGACCAUUGUGCACAGCGUACAGUGUCGUGUUUGGUGUCGCACCGAUCUUCGCUCAUCGGAAGCCAAAAAAAAGUCUGUCUAGUCACUAGUGUCAGUGAGGAUCACACGUUGCACAUUCCCUUGCAAUAAGCAAGCAAAGUUUGCUGUUUUAGCAUCUGAGUCGAUUGCAGUUGAGUUCAUUGUGAUACGUGCUGGACCGAGACGGAACGGGGCGGUCGGUCCGCAUCAUACAUGUGAUGAGUUCUUCCUAGCCGUGGUCUCAGUCGUUGGGGUGUCUCGGCUCGAUCUCCGUCUCGUGUAGGGCAUGCCGGUUUCUGUUUACUUCCUUCGAAAAAUGGAUUAUGGCUGUGAGCCACCACUGAUCACUUGUCUUUUGUUUUAUUGAGAGUCAUAAAUAUGAGAAUAAAUGUCUGUUUUAUGACCAAUUCCUU